AUGGCAGCACCGCAGAUGAACAUGGGCGACUUGGGCAAGAGUCUUGCUCCGAUCCCAAAUUUGGGAGUUGCCCCAGAAGACAAAAAAGACGGGUUCUGGUCGUCGAACCCAAUUUUCACCUUUGUUAAUAACGUCACCAGCUCUAUUAGCCAACACAGAAAGUCUUUGGACCUGAUCAACCCAGGAACUAUGGAGAACAUCAACAAGGAGGUUGCCAGAGACGUUUUCCUGAACCAAUUACAAUUCACUGGACUUAGAGCAGACAUUAGUAAGACGUUCUCCAUGAACCCGAUCUUCCAGAUUUCUCACGGUCUUUCUAUUGGUGGCCAGCUUCCAGCAUACUCGUUCACCGCCAUGGUUGGUAACGAAAACACUUUCUUCCAAGGAACUGUUGACAACGAGUUUUCUUUGACCGGAAGAAUCAACCACAGCUGGGACAAGCACGUUGUUUCCAAGCUGACUUUCCAGUUGGCUCAUGGUCAACAGCCAAUGUGUCAGAUCGAGCACGAUUACCAGGCCACCGACUUUUCUUUGAACUUCAAGACCUUGAACCCUAACUUCUUGGACGAGUCUUACAAAGGUGUGAUGGUUGGUUCGAUUUUGCAGAGCAUUACCCCAAAGCUUUCUUUGGGUCUUGAGUCUGUCUACUCUUCUCUACAACAGGGUGUUCCUGGCGACGCUGCAUUGUCGUUUGUCGGAAGAUACAAUGCCGGCAACUGGAUUGCGUCUGCUCAGUUGCAGGCCCAAGGUGCGUUGGUUGCCUCGUUCUGGAGAAAAGUGGCCAACAACGUCGAGGCCGGUGUGGAGACCACUGUCCAGGCCGGUGUUCAGCCAACUUUGAACGAGCUGAUGCAACCGGUUUACCAGACCGUUGUGGAGGCCAACACCACCGUCGGAGCCAAGUACGAGUUCAGACAGUCUGUUUACAGAGGACAGGUCGACUCGAAGGGACUUGUGUCGUUCAUGCUGGAGCACCGUGUCUUGCCAACCGUCGGACUGCUGUUCAACGCCAGCAUCGACCAGGCCAAGAACUCCGCUAACAUCGGUUGCGGACUCUCGUUGGAGUUUGCCGGCUCCGAGGAGGUGAUGAUGAUGCAAAACGGAAUGAUGGACGCCAACGGAAACCCAAUUGAAGGUGUCCAGAUGGCAUGA